AUGACAGAAAACGAGUUAGCAGUUAAGGAAAUUAGGAAACUGGUUAUAGACUGUUGUAGACAGAAUGGCUCUGGUCAUGGAGGUUCUGCAAUUGGAAUGGCCCCUCUAGCAGUUGCUUUAUGGAAGUACGUUUUGAUCUAUAAUCCAAAAAAUCCAAACUGGUUUAAUCGUGAUAGGUUUAUUCUUUCCAACGGUCAUGCUGGUAUCCUUCUUUACAUCAUGCUUCAUAUUUCUGGCUAUAAAAGUUGGACAAUGGAUCAGCUUCGAGGUUAUGCGGGUCCAGAGCGACUUAAUGAUAGUAAAACGACCACGAUUUGUCACGGACAUCCAGAAAUCGAAUACGAUGGGAUAGAAAUUAGUACCGGUCCACUAGGACAAGGUAUUGCCAACGCAGUAGGCAUGGCCAUUGCUGCCAAAAAUCUCGGUGCACAAUAUAAUAAAGAUGGAUUUCCAAUGAUUUCAUCUCAAAUAUAUUGCACAACUGGUGAUGGAUGUAUACAGGAAGGGGUAGCCCUUGAAGCAAUCGCAAUAGCCGGCCACUUGGCGCUGGAUAAUUUGACACUUAUAUACGAUAACAACCAGGUGACAUGCGACGGACCAGCUGAAUGGAUUACGUCAGAUGAUAUCAAUGCAAAAUUCAGAUCUAUGGGAUGGCACACUAUUGACGUAUUUGAUGGAGAUAACUCAGUUGAGACAAUUGUAGAUGCUUUGAGGCUCGCAAAGUCCUACAAGGACAAACCCACAGUAGUAAAUAUCAGAACCACAAUCGGGUAUAAGACUAAGAAAUCGGGCACUGCGGCAGCACAUCAUGGAACUUUUGACGACGAGGAUAUAGCUCUACUAAUGGGAAGCGCGUCAACUAGAGAUACGCAUCAGAUUGACCCGAAAGUUUUGGAUUGGUUCAGGGAAAGAGGUUCUUAUGGUGAGAAUAUCGAAAUGGAAUGGCAGAAACUCUUGAAGAAGUACGAAAGCCUCUAUCCGUCUGAAGCCACUUUAUUAUAUCAGAGGAUUACAGGAGAGCCAAUUAAUUAUGCCGAGACUCUACGUAACAUCAAAUUAGAGCCGGGGUCUGUCUCUACCCGGACCACCAAUGGCCAAGUUUUUAAGGAAUUAUUAGACCAUCAUCAGCAAAUAUUUGCUGGAGGAGCCGAUCUAUGGGCGUCGAACCAGCUUGGAACACACUCUGCUUUUGAUCGUGAUCACUAUGAAAAUCGUGUAUGUAGAUUUGGGGUGAGAGAACACGCCAUGGUUUCAAUAUCAAAUGGAAUGUCCGCUUAUAAUAAAGGAACAUUCAUCCCAUUGACCGCAACGUACUUCAUGUUUUAUCUCUAUGGAGCAGCGGGAAUUAGAAUGGGGGCUCUUUGUGGGCUUCAAGUAAUCCACAUGGCUACACAUGAUUCGAUAUCUGAGGGUCAAAAUGGCCCCACUCAUCAACCAGUUGAGCUUGAUUCAUUAUUUCGAGCCAUGCCCAACUUCAUCUACAUUCGACCUUGCGAUGGUGAAGAAGUGAUAGGUGCCUGGGAAGUAGUUCUUAAUGCGAGAAAUAGUUCUUCAAUGCUCUCUCUAGCUAGAGACGGAAAUGUAUAUCCAGUUCCUAACACCGAUCGGGAAAAAGUAAACUUAGGAGGAUAUGUGGUCGUCAAGGAGGAAGUGGAAGAGAAUCUCAUCACCCUAGUCAGUAGUGGAUCAGAGUUGCAAUUUGCUGUUGAAGCUGCCAAUAUUCUGAAAACAGAUCAUAGAUGUAAUGUGCGAGUGGUCUCCAUGCCUUGCUUCAAGCUCUUCCAAGAACAGUCUAUAGAAUACAGGCUACAAACUCUAGGACAUGAAUCUCUUAUUAUUAGCGUUGAGCCUUAUAUAUCAACUGUUUGGGCGCAAAUUUGUUCAGCAAGCAUUGCCAUGACGGGUUACGGUCAUUCUGGAUCUCCUACAAGCAAUUACGAAAGAUAUGGAUUUACCCCCACUUCAAUAGCCGAAAGAGUACACAGAUAUGCCACCAACAAAACUGUCAGCAACUCUCGUAGAUUCUGGGAACUGAUAUAA